UGAUCAAUUCUUCCACUUUUUGGAGGUUGCAGAUGUGAGGCUUCCUUGUUGGUAGUAGUUUGCCAUUGUGACUGCCAGGUGGUCAACUGUCCUCCCAUAUUCUAGUACAAAAUGUCCAAAAAUCCAAACAUUCUCCAAAGUUGAAAAAGGCCUAAGCCGGAGGUGUCAAAUAACCACGUGGAUGUCUCGUGCUAACCAUUAAAACUGAAAGGACGAAAGGAAGGCAAGAAGCAUAAGAGUAACCGGGUACUUUGUGAUUUGUGAACAAAAGACAAUCACGGGGGGCAUAAUCAGGAGGUGGAGUGGAGUGGAGUGGAGUGGAUUGCAGGCAUCUCUGCGAAUCGGGCAGGAAGAUCCAACCAAGAUCCAAUUACGGCAUUGGUACUGGCUGAAGUCACUAAUGCACUAAAGAAGAAGCAAGCUUUAUAAUUGGAAAUGGAAAAGGAAGCAAAGAAGGAAGCUUUCAGGAAGUAUUUGGAGUCCAGUGGAGUUCUUGAUGCUCUGACCAAAGUUCUUGUCGCGCUAUAUGAACAGAGUGAUAAACCUUCCUCAGCGAUGGAGUUCAUCCAACAGAAAUUAGGUGGUCCAACUGUGGCCGAGUAUGAAAAGCUACGAGCUGAAAUAUCUGAUUUGCAGAUAAGAUUUAAUGAGCUUUCGGCAGCACACCAAGAUAAAUGUAGGGAGCUGGAAGAAUUGAAGAACUCACAUGCAGAGGGCUCUUCCAAACAGAUGAUUGAGGAGGGAGUUUCAAAAGAAGAUACUUGAGAAAGUGCAACAAAAUUUAACAGUUUGUGAGGAGUGUACAUGUAUCUGUAAUGGAUCUAUUUCGUAAAACAGUGUGAUGUGUAUGCCGGUUUCUUAGUUCUAUUUUAUUCAUCUCUUAUCUACUGUGAUCUGUGAGAGAUCAUUGCUGCAUCGGUUUGUCUGCUAACUGGAAAUAUGGCAAGCAAAGCUACUGACAUGUAUCACCUUGACUCGGUCCAUCAAUUUUGUCUA